GAAAUAUCGCGAGAGUGGAAAAAACCACAGCGCCAGGGCCAAAUCCCGAGCAGUCACAUGACGACGUAACGUCUGUGCUUGACGUCGUUGCUGCAGGUACUUCCGGUGCGGAGGUGGGAGGCGGGGGAGCCGGCGGAGCGUUGCUGGCGACGGGAUGCUGUCGAGCGGAGGGUCUGUGGACGAGGCUGGGUCCGAGCCCGGGCCCGCGGCUGAGCCGAUGCUGGCGCAGUAAUGAGAGCCAGGUGGCAGGUCGGCGUGGGCCUCUCGGCGUCCGCUGGGGUCGCGGCGAAGUGAGGCAGCAGCGAGGCGCCGCCGUAAGAUGCGAAGAUGGAAGGGAUCCUGUACAAGUGGACCAAUUACCUGACGGGUUGGCAGCCUCGUUGGUUCAUACUAGAUAAUGGAAUACUUUCUUACUAUGAUUCCCAGGAUGAUGUUAACAAAGGCAGCAAAGGGAGUAUCAAAAUGGCUGUUUGUGAAAUUAAAGUACAUCCAACAGAUAACACACGAAUGGAGCUGAUUAUUCCUGGAGAACAACAUUUCUAUGUGAAAUCAGUCAAUGCUGCUGAACGGCAGAGGUGGUUAGUGGCACUAGGGAGUUCAAAGGCAUGUCUUGCAGAUACCAGGACUAAAAAAGAAAAAGAAAUCAAUGAAACCAACGAAUCUCUCAAAACUAAGAUGUCAGAGCUUCGGUUGUAUUGUGACUUAUUAAUGCAGCAAGUUCAUACAAUACAAGAGUCUGUUAAACAGGGUCAGCCAGGUUUGAUGCCACCUGCUGAGAACAUGAAUGAAGCCUCCUCUUUGCUCAGUGCCACAUGUAAUACCUUCAUUACAACUCUUGAAGAGUGUAUGAAAAUAGCCAAUGCCAAGUUUAAGCCAGAAAUGUUCCAGUUUUCUCACUCUGAUCCACUGGUCUCUCCUGUAUCACCUUCACCAGUUCAGAUGGUCCGGAUGAAACGAUCAAUUAGUCAUCCUGGUACCAUUCUUUAUGAUGGCAGGAAACUGGACACUAAUUGCCAAAAGGAAAAUAUUAUUGCAACAUCACGUCCUGAUGUACACAGGAGAAUACGGACGUAUUCAGAUACUGAAUCAUACAGUGAUGGCGCUCUAGAUGAUCCAGAAAAGAUUGCUCAAAUUUCUCGAAAUUCUUUAUUGACUGCAAAUGGUGAAUUCCCUCCAGUGACCAUUCCGGAAGAAAAUGCUGCAAUCUCAAGGAAUAAAACAGAGACAGAAAGUCCUUUUGUUGCACUUUCAAGUUGAAAAUUUGAAUUAAAAUGGAUUUAAGAUAUGGUCACUCCAAUAAUAUUGCUAUGCAAUUACUGCUGGCAUUUAGAUAUUGCAACAAAGGGAAAUGAUUUCCCAGUUAAACGGCUUUCUCUGCACUUUAUGAUGCUACAUCAAAUCAGAAAACUUGACAAGCUUACCUAACCUUAUUUCUAUUAUAUAUUUCCAGUAAGCUACAACUGUAUUUUCUACAGUAUUGUGUAAUAAAUCCAUUAAGGAUCAGUGAUCAUCUGAUUCAAAACUUUGCCAUAAAGAGCAAUGGUGCCAUUAAGAGUUAAUACCAACUGUGAAGCUUGAGUGGAAAAAUAAGGAUGUAGCAUAGACAGCAGUGUGUACUUUCGUGACUGUUGCCAGAAGAGAUUUGAGAGGAGGAAUUGAAUCCUUGGGGCUGUACAAAUUCAUUGUAUGCACCUGUGUAUCCUUAAAGAAUGAGCAUUCUGGAAGAAUUGCAGUUAGAUGUUGUUUCUGUUUACACCUUUUAUUUGACUUUGUAGUUUGUACAUGUUGAGUGAAACCUGUUAUGUACAUGAGUGCUGAAUACUGUUUUAGGAUGAGGUUUGGAUUGUGCUUCAUCUUUUCUAAUAGCAGCCAAUUAGUACUGGUUAUACCAGAACUCAUAUGUGUAGAAACAGUUUCUGAAGCAUAAAGUUAAAGCUAUUGUGCUCUGCAUUACCUUUUUGAAAGAGAAACGAGUAGAUUCUAUCCACUUCAUUUUUAAAGGCAAUGGAACAGGUGUAUUUUAUAUCCAAUAAAAAUAAAUUAAUGAAAUAGUGAUCCAGAUACAAAAACUGUAGCUGGCAACUAUAGAAAAUAAGUUACUUUUUUUUAUAAUGACCAUCUCCAGCUGAGGUAAAGGGAAGAGAUUUUCAUUUGAGUUGAGACCUUUUAAUAGUUUAUUUGGCCAAGAUAGAAAACAAAAGUGUUAUUGCCCAGUGGUUUAAAAGAAACCAUUUUUCUUAUUCCCUUAGCCAGUUGUUUCCAGUCUAUUUGCAGAAAUUUAACUGGUUCUGCAAUUAGAGAGAUUUACAUGCUCUUGCAUCUCUUUAUCACCUGUGCCAUAUUUAAGAAGAAAUCUGAAAUAAUGUCAGAACAAACAGUAAACUGUAGAUCUUACAAAACUGUUAUCUGGACUUGGUGCAUUUAAAUUAGAAGAUGACCUACCUACAAGAGGAUUCUUUGGCCAACUUUUCCCAAGAAUGUGUAAAUAAUUUGCAUAAUUUCAAUACCAAUCAACAGUUGAAAUCCCUUCUAUUCUAAUUUUGUUGUCUGUUAUUUAUAUGCUGGGUGUGCUGUCAAUGUAGGUUGUUCUGCACAUCCAUUUCUUCCAAUAUAAGUGAUAUAAUUACAAAAAAGGAUGGAAUUAAAUUGUUUCAGCAAAUUUAGUGGAAACAAUAGUAGUGUAUUUGACCCUUGUUUUACUGCACAUUAAACUAACAGCAUUCCAGUGUUUUUAGACUCCACUCUCCACAUUAUUUUAAAUGAAAAAUAUUUUAAGGUCUUAAGAGAUGUGUAUUUUCUGAUAAUAGACAAUGUGUCAUGAUAAUGUUGUGAGCAGUUUGUAAAAACUACAUUUCAGACAUGUUGAAUACAGGAUAUCUUUGUUAUGACUCACUGGUGUGUGGGGUACAGCACUUUUGAUCUCCAGAAACCUGUGUUCUAGUCCAGGAGGAGAUUGCCCAAACUUGGUUCCAUAAACCAGCUGUUGAAGUAUUAAGCAUGUAAAAUCUUCAACUUACUAGUGAAUAAUGGAAUUAAUGAUACCAAUUAGUGGUAAUAUGUUAAUAUAAAGUUAUUAACCAGGCUACCAGUUUGCUUGUGAAUAUUAAGAAUUUGCAUACAAAACUUAAUGGACAGAUUUCUUUACAAGAUUAUCAGUUCAUGCAUUUAUACUUAAGAAUCAUGAUUUUACAGUUUUGUCAAUAAUUGAGUUCUUCCAUUAAAAGCUGAAUAAUACAUCAAAGCCUUCAGUUUGUGAGUUACCUGAUCUCAAUUGGAGUACCAAUGUUGACAUUGGUUACCUGGGUCACAGGAGAGGAAAAUCCAGCCAGAAUUUUAAUUGCCAACUGUUGUCAACCUUGUCACCCUAUUAACAUAUGUCUGUGAUGACAGAAUUGAGUUCUAUUGUGUCUUCUGUAUUCCAGUAAACCCCCACACCUAUUUUUUUUAUUUUGUAUACAUCAAGGGUUGUUAAUAUUGUCAUGGCUUACACAUGAUUAAAAGGCCCCUUGGAUAAAUAUACGAACUGAACCCAGAGCUCAGCAGCAAGAAUUAAAGCUGGAACAGAGGGAAGAAAAUUUCCCAUUUAUCUGUGUCUUAAGUAUACAGCACUAAGUUUUAUUAGUGAUGUUUUCCACUGUUUAAAAUUACAAUUAAAUAACAUUGUUCACUUUUGGAAUUUUGAUGCUUUUUAAGUAAUUAACUAUAAUAGAUUAAAGGAUAAUACAUUCACAUACUUAAAGAACUUCACAAUUGUUUAAUGUACUUUAGAGCAGGUAUUUUGAAGUAUUAUAAUCCUAAUUAGGUAAUAUGAAGCCAUUAAGAUUUUAGCAUGAUUUAUAAUGUCAAUGUAUAAAAUGUGAAUUUUGCUUUCAGUGAAUGUAAAUACCUAUAGGGAAUGGACAAUAGUACUACUGUCAGGAUAUUCUUUAGGAUUUGCUGGUUUGGUGUGUGAAAUAGCUUUUUGUUUCAUACCAUUUUCUGCUUUUUUUCAAUGACAACUCUAUAAAAAGAAAUUAAACUGUUCUGAAUAUAUGCUGAUCCAGACUUAAAUUGUAGUGAGAAAUUAACAUGCAAAAUUUCAUUCCCAUCAGAACCUAAUAUAUCUCUGCUUUUAAUUGUUAAAUAGAGAUGACGGAAUAUUUUGAAACUCUGGUGGACUGUUAUAUGUACAUGUACCUGCUGUCAUGACAAUCAGUUGUGCUAAUUAUGAUAAACCAAGAAUUCAAAGCUAUUAUCUAUUAAUAGAAUCUGAAGAGAAUAUGGAAUUUGCAGGCAGGAUGGUAAUAUGUCACACAGACCCAGUAAUAAAAUGGAUACAAUUUUGAGCUCUUAAUGUCAAUUUAAAGUUGGGUGAUUUAGGCAGAAGAUUAGAAACAAUGGUGUACUGACUUUUGUCAUCUUUUCAGUUGCAUAUUUUUUAAAAAAAGUCAAUGGUGUUACAUAAUCUGAAUAAACAUUCAAUUCUUAUUACUUAUUUCAUUUAAAGUUUCCUCCUUUGUAUAAUGUUUUGUACAAAAGUAAGUCUGAAUUACUGAACAAGCCACUCAUAGUAUGAUGAUUAGAUAGGAAAAUGUAAAUGGGCAUGUUUCCUAAAACACAACUUCUCCAUUAGAGUCUCAUAGAUAACUAACUACUUGAAAUUGUUUGUCCAAGCCAUCAAUGAACACCUGUCCUGCUGACAGUAUAGAAUGAAUUACAGUCAUAAAUUAAAUUUUACAAGUAAUCUUGUCUUUUUAAGUAGCUUUUUUAAGUGACCAUUUACUAUCUUCUGACCUUGUGAGAAAUUCCAUGUCUAUUUCUAUACUCCUGAGCCAAAUUUAACUCUUCAAAACUUUAGUACUCCAUUCUGGCUGAUGUUAUCCACAUUAUGGUUUCAUUAUUUAUGUGGUGUUUAACUACACCAUAAAACAGAUCAUUGAGAUUUCAUUGUUUUCCAUUCUGAAUUAAUUGAUAUAAUACAGUAUCUUGUGUUUUUUGGUAAAAUGGUUAAGUUUAACCAGACACUGCUGAAGUAUUAAUUUUUGGGGAGACAUAUUCAACCAAAGCAAUAAACCUGCAUCUCCCUCCCCCCCCCCCCUCUGCCCCCCCCCCAAAAAAAAAACUUCAGUCUGUCCAAACUAUUUUCUUGUUUUUGAGAAAAUAUUAGUUAUAAAUUUGAGACUGCUUAUAAAAAUGUUAGUAACACACUUGAAGAUGAUCAAGUCUUGAUGCAAAAUUAUUCAUGUUAGUAGAACUUAAAGGAUGGAGAACUGUUUAAAAGUAGUUUACCUAUAGUUAGAAUUUUUCAAUUUCACUUUUCAUUUUGCAGCCCUAUUCAUUGACCAACUGACACAUGUCAACCAGCCAUUGAUUCUAUCACAAUUAUCAGAACACUAUUAAGUGCAGUUGUCAGAGAUGGGCUUUAAUAUACAAUCUAUGAAUGUAUGUAUUUGCUGAUUAAUUUUUUUAUAACUUUUUUUGUGGUCCCAAACAAUGUGUUCCUUCUGGACCAAAACCAACAUUCAGGUGAAUUAGUUGAUUAAGUUUCUUUUGUAGUUAAAGACAAACUUGCAUUCUAUGUAUGUAUGAAGAAAUAUUUUAAUAGAAUAUUAGUUUUAAUUGUCCACUACACUGAAACAUAUGAAUAAAAACUUUCUUUUGCUGCCUUGUC